AUGGCUGGCCUUUGCGCCCGGAAGAUCCUCUGCCCUGAGAGAAGGCCUGCCAUGGGGGACUCCAGUCCUGAGACUUGGUUCCGGAUACUGAGGGCAGCUGAGGAUGUGGCAUUAAUGACAAAGAAGACCUCAGAGCCUCGCCGCUUCAAAAUUGUGAGUGCCAAUGUCAGCUCGUGGCGACCGGAACACAGACAAUGGCUGGUUGAUACGAACCCCGAUGUGGCCUUAGUGCAGGAAACGCGCUGGCACGAAGAAGCUCUCGCCAAAGAGACCAUUGCAAUGGACCACACCACGGGAUGUGGCUUUGAGGCUGUGAUGGUCCGUGUUGCGGGCACCAACGUGGCCUGCGUAUCGUUGUACUUGCAGUCGGGCCACUUCAUAGAUGGCGAGGUCAAUGCCAAUAUUCUUGCAGAGCUGAGGAGCUUUCUUUCCUCGCUACGAUGCCCGUGGUUCGUUGCUGGGGACUGGAAUUCUCACCUCCCUGAUGUUCUUGGCACCAGGUUGAAUGAGGUUCUGAAAGGACAAUUCGUAGGGAUCGGACAAGGCACGGCGGGAGGUGUAAAUGAGCUUGACUUCGCGCUCAUACACCCGUCCAUGCACCGGUGCGUCCGUGUGCAAUCUGAUUGGAUGGUUCCCUUCAAACUUCACUGUGCACUGCACUUCACCUGGCAAGCCGAGUCAGUGAAAGAUCUCGUCCCAGGACUGAGGGUCUUCAGCGAUGAUUUUGAUCCUGUCACUCAAGAAGAAAGACAGGGCCAGAUUCAGCCAGUUAGGCCUAACAAAGCCCUCAUCCUUGAGUUUCAGGCUGAAGACCCCAUCACAGUCCAGUGUGCGGCCUUCUCGGCCACAGCUGAGGCAGCAGGCACCCUGGGCAGCAGCCGAGGCAGGGGCUCGCACUGCCAGGUGCAGAGGUGGGAGUCCUGGCUAUGCGCACCGCAUACACCACCGCGUCCGGUUGUGGUUCAGUCCCCUGAGCAGUGCCCCGAUGAGGCUUGGCGGCAAAGGUGCCAAGCCUGGCUGCAAACUCCGCACCGUGCGGAAGACAAGGAAGCCCUGCUUCAACAAGCAGCCCAAGCUGCCAAAGAGGCUAAAAGGAAGCAGUCAACCAGGGAAAAGGAAGACUUCCUGGCUUGGAUUGUGGGUGCGGAGAAAGCUCAUUUGGGGUCGAGCCUCGCCGCCUGGCUGGAGGAAUACAGCCGAACGUCGGGCUUUGACUCGGCUGUGCCGGGCCACACCCGUCUGGACCCAGCCCUGGCUCGCCUGAUCAGGGCUGAGGACCACAAGUUCAGGGGCCACACCUUCAUUACCUUGUUCUGUGACCUAGAGGGUUUCUAUGAUGUUGUCAGCCAUGAGCGCUUGGCCCAACAGGGGAUGCACCUGGGCUUCCCUAGCCUCAUUUUGGAGCUGGCCAUCCAACUCUAUGAAGGAAAGGCAUGUUGCAAGGAUCCUUGUGCGCCAACUCUGGCGAAGUUGACAACCUAUAAGCCGCUAAAGACAAUCGUUGCCAAGCCGGGGGUAUCUCAUGCCGACCUUUGGCUGGACGAUAUCAGCAUCGACAUUGCACAUCAGGAUGCUGAGCUAGCGGCCUCGAUAGGUGUUGAUGUGUACAGGACCCUCAGGCGGCUGCUGCAGGAUGAGGGCCUGGAACUCAACAUGGGCAAGACCAAGUUUGUGGUCAACAAGGCCAAG